CGAAGCCGAAUCAAAACAAGCCGGAGACCCGCCUUUUCCCUCCGGCUCGGGAGCGUCUCGCUCGGGUCCCGAGCCCGCCGCGCUCGCGCGGCUGCGAGCCUCGGGUGGCCGCGCGCCGGCUCCAGGAAGCCGGGGAGGGCGCGGCGGCCGGGAUGGCGCGGCGCGGGCCGCGCGGCUAGACGGGCGCCGAAGGAGCCGCCGGCCCGCGCCCUCCAUUCUCUUCCUCCCGGAGCCGGCGCCGCGCGGGCCGGGAGCGGCCGUGCGGCGGGGAGCCGCCUUCCUUGACGCCGGGCACCUGGACGCUCGCGAGAUGCCCAACCCCAAAAACAGCAAAGGCGGCCGCAAAAACAAGCGCGCCAACAGCAGCGGGGACGAGCAGGAAAAUGGAGCCGGGGCCCUGGCAGCGGCGGGCGCGGCGGGCGCGGCGGCCGGGGGGGGCCUGGCGGCGGCGGCCGGCUGUGGAGCGGUGGCGGCGGGCGCGGCGGGCACCGGGGGCGCGGCGGGCACCGGAGGCGCGGGGACUGGCGCCGCCAACGCCGCGGCCGCCUCGGGGGCUGCUGCCGCGGGCGACGCCAAGAACGAAGCCCCUUGUGCCACGCCCCUGAUCUGCAGCUUUGGCAGGCCGGUGGACCUGGACAAGGACGACUACCAGAAGGUGGUGUGCAACAACGAGCACUGCCCCUCCAGCACCUGGAUGCACCUGCAGUGUUUCUACGAGUGGGAGAGCAGCAUCCUCGUCCAGUUCAACUGCAUCGGCCGGGCCCGCAGCUGGAACGAGAAGCAGUGCCGCCAAAACAUGUGGACAAAGAAGGGCUACGACCUGGCCUUCCGCUUCUGCUCCUGCCGCUGCGGGCAGGGCCACUUAAAGAAGGACACAGACUGGUACCAGGUGAAGCGGAUGCAGGAUGAGAAAAAGAAGAAGUCCGUGUCGGAGAAGAACACAGGGAGGCCCCCCGGCGAAGCAGGGGAGGAAGCAAAAAAGUGCAGGCCGCCGAGCAAGCCCCAGAAAGGCCUGAGCCAUGACCUCCCGCGGCGGCACUCCAUGGACCGGCAGAACUCCCAGGAGAAGGCAGUUGGCGCCGCAGCCUACGGGGCCCGCUCUCCCUGCGGCUCCCCUGGCCAGUCCCCGCCCACCGGCUACUCCAUCCUCUCCCCUGCCCACUUCAGCGGCCCCCGCUCCUCCAGGUACCUCGGGGAAUUCUUGAAGAAUGCCAUCCAUCUGGAGCCUCACAAGAAGGCCAUGGCCGGGGGCCACGUGUUCCGAAACACCCACUUCGAGUAUAGUCCGGCUGGGUUAUCUGUGCACAGGGGGGGCCACUUCGACGCGCCCGUGCAGUUCCUGCGGCGGCUGGACUUGUCCGAACUGCUCACUCACAUCCCCCGGCAUAAGUUGAACACUUUCCACGUGCGGAUGGAAGACGAUGCCCAGAUGGGCCAGGGCGAGGAUCUGCGCAAGUUCAUUCUCGCGGCCCUCAGCGCCAGCCACAGGAAUGUCGUGAACUGUGCUCUGUGCCACCGGGCCCUCCCGGUGUUCGAACAGUUCCCGCUGGUGGACGGAACUCUGUUCUUGAGCCCGUCGAGACACGAUGAGAUCGAAUAUGAUGUUCCGUGCCAUCUUCAAGCAUUAUGUCUUCUGUGCACAGGGAGACUCAUGCACCUGUACGCGGUGUGCGUGGACUGCCUGGAAGGGGUUCACAAGAUCAUCUGCAUCAAGUGUAAGUCGCGGUGGGACGGCAGCUGGCACCAGCUGGGCACCAUGUACACCUACGACAUCCUGGCCGCCUCUCCGUGCUGUCAGGCCCGCCUGAACUGUAAGCACUGCGGGAAGCCUGUGAUAGACGUACGGAUCGGGAUGCAGUACUUCUCCGAGUACAGCAAUGUCCAGCAGUGUCCGCACUGUGGGAACCUGGACUACCAUUUCGUGAAGCCAUUUUCCUCCUUCAAAGUUCUCGAAGCUUAUUGAUGAAAGCUUUGCUUUAGUAGUAGCUAUUUUAUUGAGCUUACUUCUUUAUUACAUAUCUUUUAUAGGGAGACAUUCUGUGACAUUACUUUCUUUUCUAAUUUAAAGGAGAGUUCCUUUGUGUACAUGUGUCACUGACAUGGGGUUGGCCCCUUGCCCUCUCUUGACUCCUCAGUGUUAGUCUGUGGUCACGACCGGAGCCCAAACGGAUAAUCCUGUGAGUCUGGGCUAGCGGUUCACCAUCACUAAGCGUCUCUCAUGCAGCUUUGAAGGUGGUGGGGAGGAUAGGGUGAAAUUAGCAAAGGGAUUAUGUGGUUAUAAACUAAAAGCAUGGUAGGUGUUGGAAGGAAACUCCUGUUCCGAUCUUGUUAACCAUCUCAAGACCCACUUCUUAGAUCUUCCCGGGGCCUUGGGAAAAACACGUGACGUGUGAACGUGAGUCUGUGCCUGGGGAGCUGAUAGUGGAUUAGUCUGUCUUGGUUUAGUGUUCUGCACUGCGCACUGACCACAUUAUUUGCAAGUAGACCCAAGUGCUGUUUCUGUCACUGUUGUGACUUAGCAGUUGUCCUCCUGAAAAUUAUAUCCGAAUUAUAAGACCUGUGAAAACUAAUGGUGUUGCAAAUAUUUGUGGGUAAGUGACCUGUCACAGAGAAUAUGCUAAGUGAAUUUGGAAGUGAUACACAGUGACUCUAGAGAGGGGGCAAGAUCAGGCAGAAAGAACCCUGUCAUUUGAAUUGUGUCUUUGAGGUUGGUCAGAUGAGCCCUGAAAGAGAAUCCAUGAAUAACAUGAUUUGGGUGGGUGUCGAUUUAUGUAGGUUGCACUGUCGAGGUGUCAUCUGAUGUCAGAUCCUUCUUAGGGGUAAUCUCACAGCCGUGGACCCUAACUGGUGAAUUUCAGAGCCACCGUUACCAUGCCUUACCUUCCACAAAACUGUUAUGGCCACAUUUUACCCAUUUAAUGCUGAGUUUCCCAAAUCAUAGGUUUGACCCUAGGAAGGAAAGGAAAAAAUUGCUUUUGAGGAUAUGAGGAAAAGAAUUUUAAUAUUUCUUUUUAAAUGUGUUUCAUUUUUCAAAACAUUACCUGUUGUAAUGUGUAACAGUAUGUUUGAGAAGAGAUCAUUCUGAAGCUCUCUGUGAUACUUCACCGUUAGUGAAAAAAGAUGGUAAUUUGUGUAACUCGAUUAGUCAGAGCAUUGGGCUUUCCAAAAUACGGACGUGUGUUAAUGAGAGCUUGAUGGUUUAAAUAGACGGGCACCUCAUACCGGUAUAGAAUUGUAAUUGGAAUAUGAUCCCUCAAAAAUGAUUUGAUAAUUUCAAGUAUUACACAUGUAGGCUAAUAGAAUGCUGAAAAUACAGUCGUUUCAUGGGUAGCCAAAUUUGGGGUUAUGUGAGCAUUUUGUGUUAUUCAUUUGGUUUAUACCUUUUUUUUUUUUUCUCCUCAGAAAGACAGCUGUUUUUCCUCUCAGAAGCAUUUAGCUAUUAUUGCAAGCAAGUCUCCAUUCUAUUGUAUGAAAUAUUUGAUGUUUUGUUUGACAUAACAACAUUAAAGAACCAGCAUAUUGACUAAUAUUCGUAUCUUUCAGUUUGGAUGAUUGUAAUUUGGUUUACUGCAUCUGGUUUGGUGUUUGAUGAUCUGAAAAAUAUUUCACAGUAGGGGGAAAUGCCCAAUGCCUUUAAGAAGUGGCAAAUCGAUAUUGGUCUGACAGUAUUUGAUGCGACUUAAAAGGUCUAUAGGACAAAGCCCUUGCAAAUUUGUCUUUAAUACACAAAGCUGUAAUUGUGAAUUAACUGGUUCCCCAUUGAUUCUCUCAUGUACCCAAGUAUAAAAAUUGGUUUCUCUUAUCCUAAGAGUAGCAUUUGGAUUUCAGUUCUGAACUUAAAACAUACAGUAAAAUAAAUGUCUGUAAUGCUGUUUUUUAAUUCACCUAAAAUUUUGUAGAGAAACCUGCUUAUAUUGUUGUUCUGGAUCUUAAAAUUGACACAUUGACACAUUCACAAGCUCCUAGUAGUCUAAAACUACCGUGAGUGUAGUGUCUGAUGCAUUCAGUAUUUUUUCCUUAUAUUUGUUCUCUACUCUCUGAAAAGUAAGAUGAGGAGUUUUCCCUGUAAUUGGAUAAAAUUUGCUUUUGGCCUUUAUUUGGAUGACAAAGUUAGGGUUCUGUGGAUGCUGCAGUUAUGUUAAAAGUCAAGGCACAGGUAUCAUCUGAGAGUAUCUUUUGCCUUUAAGGCAUCACGUUCUCCUCUAAAGUAGAGAAUCUGGCUUAUUUGAGAAUAAAAUAUAAUUGAGUAUGCAACAAUGUGGAGAAUAAAUCUUAUUUUGGAAAUGUGCUGACCUUGGUAUUUUUGCCACACUUUGUCAAAGUACUUUGCUCUGGUGGAAAUUGGAAUAGGUCAAAAAUGACCAUUUUUGUUGUGGUUCGGAUAUUAAAGGACAUUAGUCACACCAGAGAUCCAUGUUCUUUUUUUCUGAUAAGUAGUGUUCAAUAAAAUGAACCACUUGUAAGUGAUUAGUAAUUUCAAAGUGAGUUUUCAUCUGUUCUAACUCUUUUUUUUAUUCAUUUAGUUUUAAGCAUUCUGUACCUGGAACAAAUAAAAUGUUACCUGCUUCAUUCUAGUGAGAAACUCUUUCUGAUGGUUUUAUUACUUCCUCUUCAGGCUGACUCAGUUCUCACUCCCUUCUGGUUGCAUCUGAAGCAAGUGAUAGAUAUACUGAGUUUCUCAGCUGCUUGAUUAAAAGAUAGACAUUGGCCGUGAAUUGCGGAGUGGGAUGAAUUAUUCCACUCUAAGAAAGAGUUCUCCCCGGUCUUUACUUUCCAGUGUUUGCAAAAGAAGCUUAUUUUCAGAAUAAAAAGUAUUUUCGUAUCUGUUUGGGGGGAGAUGACCUCAUCAGGAAAGAAUAUUAUUCGGUGUUGAAAUACUAAAACUAACGGAUAGGCUGACAUGUAACUUCUCAGACCGUGAGACCUAGCUUGCUGCAGUCUUCUGUUUUGUCCUGUAAGACUGACGCUUAAUGUACAGUCUGUUGUGCUGUGCCCGGAUCAGGACCUCCACUCAGCUCUCCUCUUUGGUCUCCUGGUUGCAGCUCUUGAGCAUUUUUAGUUGGAGGUUUGGGGAGGACUUGAGGAAUAAGUGCUCCUGUUCAGUGUUUUCAUUCCUUUAAUAGGAUGCUGCCUAACCCAGCUCAUCUCUGUGUCCUGUUGACUUUGUUAUUAUUCCAGGUAAUGGAAAGAAAAAAUAACAGAUGGGUAUCAUUAAAACCAGCUCACAAAUAUAUUCUUGUCAGUAAACAUUUCUUGUCAAGAUGUCUUGGAUUGCACUUUUGUUGGGGGAGAAAGUGUAAAUAGUUAAAGAAUGUUGAUAAACCUGAAACAUUUGGUUAUGGAAUUGUGUGUGCUGUUUGAAGGUUUCUGUUUGUGACAUGUAUGUAUUAAAAAUAAUAAAAUUUCAGAAACUAACAUUG